AUGCAGCAGAGGAUGAAGCAGGCGGCGGCGGUAGCGGCGCAGCAGCAGCAGCAGAUGAUGCAGCAGGCGCUACUCAUGCACCACCACCAGCAGCAGGCGGCGGCCGCGGCGGCCGCGGUGCCGCCCAUGUUCCCGCCGCACCACGCGCACCCGGGUCUCCUCGCCGCGCCGCAUAUAGAGCCCAUCGUUAGUGGGAACCUGCCUCCUGGGUUUGAUUCAAGCACGUGCCGCAGUGUGUAUGUUGGCAAUAUCCAUCUUCAAGUCACAGAUUCACUACUGCAUGAAGUUUUCCAGAGUAUUGGUCCAGUUGAAGGGUGUAAGCUCAUUAGGAAAGAAAAGUCAUCUUUUGGUUUUGUUGACUAUUAUGACCGUAGAUAUGCUGCAAUUGCUAUUGUGUCACUCAAUGGUAGACAACUGUUUGGCCAGCCAAUAAAAGUCAAUUGGGCAUACGCAAGUACCCAGAGAGAGGAUACAUCAGGUCAUUUUAACAUCUUUGUCGGGGAUCUUUGCCCGGAGGUUACGGAUGCUGCUUUGUUUGCUUUUUUCUCGGCAUAUUCUACAGAUGCUAGAGUUAUGUGGGAUCAGCAGACUGGACGAUCUAGAGGGUUUGGUUUCGUUUCUUUUAGGAAUCAGCAGGAUGCACAAACUGCCAUGAAUGAGUUGAAUGGAAAGUGGCUUGGCAACCGCCAAAUUCGUUGCAAUUGGGCGACGAAGGGCGCUAAUGCUGGUGAAGAGAAGCAAAGUACAGACUCCAAGGGUAUGGUGGAAUUGAUAAACGGCUCAUCAGAGGCUGGCAAGGAGAAUGCAAACGAAGAUGGUCCUGAAAAUAACCCACAGUAUACAACUGUUUAUGUUGGCAAUCUUCCCCAUGAUAUCAACAGCAAUGAUGUGCAUCGAUUUUUCCAUUUACUCGGGGCUGGCUCAAUUGAGGAGGUCCGUGUAACACGCGAUAAAGGAUUUGGCUUUGUGAGAUAUAGUACCCAUGAAGAAGCUGCACAAGCAAUACAGACGGGUAAUGGCCAACUUAUUGGCGGGAGGCAGAUCAAGUGCUCUUGGGGAAGCAAACCAACUCCACCAGGGACAGCAUCUGCGCCUCUGCCUCCUCCGGCAUUAGCGCCAUACACCCCUGGCGUGUCAGCAGCUGACCUCAUCUCCUACGACCGAUCCCUUGCUCUGAGCAAGAUGGCUGCUGACCCGGCCCUGGUGGGUCAGCACGCCGCCCUGAGGCAGGCCGCGAUGGAUAUGGGCGCCGGCGCCCGCAAGGCCAUCUUUGACGGGGGCUUCCAGAGUGUCAACCCUCAGCAGCAGCAGCAGCAACAGCAGCAGCUCAUGUACUACUGA